GUCAAAUAGAAUAAAAAUCAGUCAUGUCUGGCCCAACUAAAAAGCGCAAAAUCCUAGUAGAUUUUUAAAAAACAAUACGAUGUAAUUGAAAUGUCCUGAUCAUUAAAAAAAAUGAGGAGGGUUAAACGAACACAGGGCCGCAGUCCCACUAAGAAGUAUGAGAUCAAUCGAGACAUGAAUACGUCUCCCCUCGCUCCUGAGGUUGAGGAAGUAUUUCCACCCCCUAAGGAAAGAGGCGGCGAAGAUGUAAAAGCACCGAAUCGGCAGAGCCGGAUUGACGAGGUGGAAGUUGCUACUAUGAGGCGCGAAAAUCCCUUUACAAGAAGCAAAUCACAUCGGUCCACCUUCUACCGGCCCAGCAAUGAAGACUUCGGGCAGCUGACAGACAUGGCUUUACCUCCGAAAGAUUAUUACAAGCUUUUUCAAGAAAUCGGCAACGAGUCCACGCCAGACACGACAAAAGCGGGGACGAAGAAUGCCUGCGAAGGUUCCAUGGUGCAGACCUGUUCGGCGUUCGCGGAGCCGUCAAGCAUACUCAAGCUGGACGAGCACGUGACGGCGGACCUGAUGGAUGACGUGCAGUGGCAGACCAUCGAAAGCGUCAGCGAGGCGGACUUGUUUAUGUCGAGAGUGCCGACCGCGGAGGUGCUAAAAGAUAAAAAUUGCACUCCGUCGGUUCGUAGUAGUAAUAUUCGUAUAUCGGAAACACCUCACGUAAAACGGAUCGCUGAGAAGUUCUCGAAGUUCAAAAAGAACUAUGUUGAGGUCCGCAAGCUUGAAGAGAGGGUGGUUUGCCUGGAGUACGAUAUUUACGACUUGAACGCGGCUGACCCCGCGGUGCCGACGCAGAAAAUGAGAGCAUUUUUCUCCAUAAAAAUGAAAGAUAUUGGAGGCGACAACAACAAAGAUAACAUACCUUCCAUCCCAUCUGAUGUAAAACGCAACUUCAACUUAGACGACGGAGACCUUCAGAAAUUGAGCAAGAAAGAGAUAGAAAUCAUAGACAACGAGAUACCUGAAAACAGGUCCUUACUAGAGGACCUUAAGCGAGUGCUGAAACGGAAAAAGGCACUCGAAAACAAAAAGAAACGCGAAACAUUGGACCUCAUGUGUCUGUACGAGAUGGCUAAACGAGAGAGCCCACCUGUCAACUGCGACUAUUCCAACACUAAUCUCUUAUCGAAAGCAGAACUGCAGGAAAUAAAAGAUUUGAUUUUGAAAAAAUGCGACUCGAGCGUUUACGGGAUUAAUAGACGAACGGUGAAAUGUAGACAUGAAGUGAAUAAUGCGAAGUGUAUGCUGUCGAACAGUUUGAUAAACGAGUUGAUGCGUGAGGCUGAAGUAUGAAAAACAAGUGAAAGUUCAUAGUUUUACCAUCUAGUUGACUCCAUUAAGUAAUGUCUCAGUUAACAGUACCAUAGACAAAGAAAUGGCUUAAGUAGAUGGGGCUAUUCGGCGCUAUACAUUUGCUGUAAGUAGGUGGAUAACGGACGAUUAAGUUAGUGCUAGAAAACCUAAUUAGAAUUGACAUAAAACGUAACAUGUUGCGAUACAGCGCCAUCUACUUCUGUAAGUAAUAAAAUGAUUAGUCAGCAGCACAAGUCGCUAAGCGAUUAAAGUAUUCAAAAGUAUCUGCACACGUUCUUAUUUUUAAGAAUAAAGUUAUAGAGGCAUAACUUCAGCGGUCGGUAACCAGCGGCCCGCGGGCCGCAUGCGGCCCACGAACCUCACUUGCGGUCCGCGAGCCUCCCUGGCUAUUUUGUAUGUAAUAUUGACAAAUGACAAUGUCUGGUGAAAUCAUAAAUAUUAACAAAGUGCGGCCCGCGUCCACUUCGUUAACUGCUAUGUGGCCCUUGGCUGCUAAAAGGUUGCCGACCGCUGCUCUAGAUCAUAAUAUUGGCCACUUUGGUUAUUCAAUCCCUACUGAAACUAUUAAGUCUCCAUAAAUAAAUAAAUCUAAGUUAGUUCGUUGCCAAUUGUGACCAGGUUGUGACGAAUAUUUGUCAGAAGUUUUGUUACAUCGUAUUAAUAAAAAUAAAUUAUAGGUAAAUACGAAAAACA